UUUAGCAUGGCUUCGCUUGGAGUAUCCUGGUGCGUUAGAAGCGGGAAGGUGGCUUGGUUGCUUCCGAGGUGUCCGCUACGGGCCGCGUGGGGAUGGAGGGGGUUUUGUGAAGGCUCGGAUGCAGAAGAAACUAAAACUGAUGUUCAAAAGCCUUGUUUCAUGGAUGAGAAAGUUCAGAACUUACUCCUCAAGAUGACAGGGAUAGAUUUGCAGAAGAUUUUCAAGGCAAGAAAACAAGAACUUAAGCCUCCUGUAUACAAAGUCAUGACAGAAGCUCAGCUAGAGAAGGCUUCAGAACAAGCUCUUGAGAAGGCUAAAGAGUGUCUCAAAAUGCCUCCUGUAUUGAAUGAACGGGAACCAAUUGAUGAUGUAUUAUCUGAGGACAAGAUUCUUGAUGGAUCUGAACCUUAUAAAUAUGUAUUUACUGAUUUAACAUAUGACAUCCCACACCGUGAACGGUUCAUUGUAGUUCGAGAAACAAAUGGAAUAUUACGCAAGGCCACUUGGGAGGAACGGGACAGGAUGAUACAGAUCUACUUCCCAAAAGAAGGCCGUAAAAUUGUCCCUUCGUCUGUAUUCAGCAAUAAAAAUGGUGCAAUGAAUAUGUUUCUUCAGGACCGUCAUGAAGAACUCCUUGACCGCUGCCUUCUGCAGUUUGAGCCAGAUUCAUCUGAUUAUAUCAGAGUUCAUCAUCAGACAUAUGAAGAUAUUGAUAAAUAUGGAAAAUACGAUCUGCUACGUUCAACAAAAUAUUUUGGUGGGAUGGUCUGGUACCUUGUAAAUAGGAAGAAAACAGAAGGAUUGCUGAUAGAUAUGAUCCAAAGAAAUUUGCUUGAUGAUGCUGUAAGCUUAAUUAGCCUCUACCAUAUGCUCCAUCCUGACUGUGAAUCAGCAAGAGAAGCACAAGAGAAAGAUAUCCAAGGGAUAGAUUUAAUUAAGGCAUUUGCAAAGGCAGAAUCAUCAAGAGCCAGCUACAUUGAACUUGCCCUACAGGCUUGUCAAGCACCUUCGCUUAAGUCUGCAGCUUCACAAAGUGAUUAGAUCAAUAAAUUCAUUUAAUGUCAAAUGUAUGGGAGAUGGGGAAGAAAUGUACAUAAGCUCUAAAAGAACAUUUUUAUACUAUGUAUGAUAAAAACAAUUAUUCCACAAUUUCUUCAGCACACUUAUUCAUCUUUCUUUUAAAUCAAUCCUUCAUACACCAAAGACUGAGGGGAUCUGAAAGACAUUUAUUGGAGGAUUUUUUGAUCAUGUGAUAUGAGCUUGCUAUUGUAUCUAAGGGAGCCUACAUUACAAUGGAGAAUGCUAUAUCUGUACUGUAAAAGACUUUCCCUAUUUAUUUUUCCAUCUUAAAUAUAAAAAAGAGCCACUUUUCAAGAAGAAGACUACACUGUCAAGCAUAGGGAAAACUAGAUAUAAGAAUGUGCAUCUUUUAAAAAGUUCAGUCAGACAUUUCUUCAUCC